AUGGCUAAAUAUCUCCCACCCAAUCACAGAUUUACGACUCGUCCGGGUGUCAAGAUUCGAGGCAUACCACCCUUGAAAAAUAAGAUGAGGAAGAAGAGAGUGCAAAAGAAAGUUCAAAUCACCCAAGAAGAUGAAUAUGAGCAACCCGCAAGGGUCCCUGUCACACUCACUGAGUUUUUGCCAGUUCAGUUUUUCUCGAGUGAAUCUGAAGUUGAGGAAGAAAUCAUUCAAUGCAACAUGGUUUCUUUGGAGGAAUAUGAGGUCGACACAGAAGUUGAUGAGAUUAAUCUCCGCUCCGGUCGAAGCAUCCCAUCUGCUGAUAAAGCACAACAAAAUGAGGAAGCUGAUCCCUCUAAAACCGAGAAGAAGCCAAAGGCGAAAGAGAUCAAGGUCUUCUUGUCAGGAAAAACUGUUGCAGGGGAAGUUCCACCUUCCUCUCCAAAAGCAAAGGAUUCUAAGCCCGAUACUAGUAAAGCAAAGGAGCCAUCACAAUCACAUAUAGUUAAGUACGAUAUUCUAGCUCAUCUUAAGCGCAUCCCCGCUCCUCUAAGUGUCUAUGACGCUUUACAAAUGUCAAGGGAACUUAGGGAGGCACUUGUAAUGGCUUUAAUGAACCCAAAUUUGUAUAAGUCAUGUUUCAAAUCAGCAGAUGUCCACACAACUGAAACCUCGAAGUUUUGUGCAUCAUGUCUGGCAGCAAUUACCUUUGGUGAAGAUGACCUUUUACUUGGGUCCAGAUUCCAUAAUCGACCCCUGUAUGUCACUGGCGAAGUUGGAGGCACAACCAUUAAUCGAAUCUUGUUAGAUUGUGGUUCGGCCGUGAAUAUUAUCCCAUUAAAGACGCUCCAUGCUAUAGGGAUGAGUGCCCGACAGUUGUCUCCUUCUAUGCUGACUAUUCAAGGGUUCAAUCAACUUGGGCAAAAGGCCAUGGGCUCUAUUGCAUUGCAAAUGGAAAUAGGAGACUUAUAUUCAAACGCCCUAUUCCAUGUGAUCGAGGCUGAUACUUCAUACAACGUCCUGCUAGGACGUCCAUGGCUCCAUACAUAUGGCGUAGUCCUUUCUACACUUCACCAGUGCUUUAAAUACUUGGUGGAUGGUGAAGUCAAGAGUGUUUCAGCUGACAUGGACCCGUUCAAAGGGGAAGAGGUAAAUUACUCUGAUGCGAAGUUUUACAGCCCACUUGGUCUCUCAUUUACACAGCCAUCAAAGGUUGAUAAGGAGAAAAGAGCGACUGUUGAAACAGGAAAAGCCCAAAAUGUAGAAGUAUCCAAACCUUCAAAAGUAAUCUGA